CCGGUCCGACGGGCGCGCGCCCGCAAGGAAUGGGAGUGGGGGGAGGGUCGAGGGACCAGGUGCUCUCCUCCCGUGUUUCAGAGGUCCACCUCCCGGUCCGGGUUACCCCACGGGAGCGAACCAUAUGGUCGUUGAGAGAUUGUCGCGCUUUGGAUUUCAGGCCGCUGUGUGUCCAUUAAAGCGGGUUGGGGGCUGCGGCUGGUAGAGCACUUGCUUACCAUAGUCAAGGCCCUGGGUUCCAUCCCCAGCACCACAAAAAAACAAGUCUAAACGGGGGCGCGGCGCACUCGUGCUACCCCUCCAGUUAUACCCCGAUCCCAUGCUCCCAGGUUAUAGUUGGCUCCGGGAAGAUGGUGAUGUUGGUUGUCGUUUCACUGUGCACCAGUAGGUUGGGGCAUUUUAAAGCCCCUUCCUUAUUACUUUCCCACAAACCAGAUAUAGCAUUUUACGGAGAAGGAAACUGGUUCAGAGACGUACUACCACUUGCUUAUUAUGGGUAGAGCUGGAUUUAAACCUGGGUCUGAGAGUCUUCAUGCUGUCCUCUAUCUCCUUGGGUCCAUUUCUUCUCAUUCCCUGAGCCACUGUGGUCAGCAACACCGGAUUGGAGUCUUGGCCUUGCACUAACUAUCAGAGGGAACUUAGCUGACUUGGCUUUCCUGUAUCUCAGUUACCCCAUUUGCAAAAUGGGGAAGGUGCAUCCUCAUUCAGAAGCCGGCUCCAGUGCCCAGACCCAAGCCCCUCACUGCUCAAUGGACACCCCCAGCCCAGACCCGUUGCCUUCGACUUUGACUGGGGAGGAAGAGAAACCUCUGGCCUUACUUCCUCCCGUUCCCCGGGGCCGCAGAGGCAGACCUCCCGGGGGAGCCGCCUCCUCAAAUCGGACCCUCAAGGCCUCCUUCCCUCGCAAGCGGGGCCGCCCCCCCAAGUCAGGGCAAGAGCCCCCGCUGGCGCAGGAGCUGACCUCACAGGUGGGCAGUGGUGGUGGCAGCGACCUCCUGUUGAUCGAUGAUCAGGGUGUACCCUAUACAGUCUCAGAAAGGUCGGCUGCAGGUGGGCCCCAGGGCUCUGUCUCCAGAAGGGCCCCGCACUUCUGCCCUGUGUGCCUGCGCGCCUUCCCCUACCUCUCCGACCUGGAGCGCCACAGCAUCUCACACUCGGAGCUGAAGCCGCAUGAGUGCAAGGAUUGCGGCAAGACCUUCAAGCGGUCCAGCCACCUGCGGCGGCACUGCAACAUCCAUGCAGGCCUGCGGCCCUUCUGCUGCCAGCUGUGCCCGCGCCGCUUCCGCGAGGCAGGCGAGCUGGCACAUCACCACCGCGUGCACUCCGGUGAGCGCCCAUACCAGUGCCCAGUGUGCUGGCUGCGCUUCACCGAGGCCAACACCCUGCGGCGCCAUUCCAAACGCAAGCACCCAGAGGCCUUGGGAAUGCCCCUGUGUCCCCCUGACCCAAGGCCCGAGACGCCGUGGGACGAAGAAGAAGGCAUCCCGGCCACAGCUGGGGUGUGCGAGGAGGGGCCUGAGGGGAAGGAGCCCGCCUGUCCUGCACCCUCGGCCUCUGCUUCCCGGUCCUGGCUUACAGCCAGGAGCUCAGCUGGCACCGGGCCCAGUGUUCAGCGGCUGCACCGCCCUGACAGAAGUGCGUGGGAUUCCAAAUAACCCCACGUCACGUGCCUCGCUAGCAUGGCGCCAAAGAAUGGCUCAGAAGAAGCCUUUGCUCCUCUCCCAUUUCCACCGGACCCCAAAGUACUACCAAUAAAAAGCCAGACUAAGUAAAACAGUGAUCUUCUAUGCAAA